AUGAGUGAAGUCUCACUGAAGUUAUGUGAAGCUGAAAGUUGUGCACGCGUGGCGGCUACACUAUGUGGUCAUUGCAAAAAAAACGUUUGUCGACGUCACUUCAAUGAACAUGCAGAUCAACUUGUACAAGAACUCAAUCCAUUAGCUGACCGGAUCAACGCAUUGACAGAAACACUAACUUCUUUUACUCUGACAAAUUAUAAACUAAAAUUAUUUAAUCAAUUAAUUCAGUGGCGUGACAAAGCCAUCAAAGAAAUUCAUGAGUUGUACAAGUUUAAAAAAAGAAAACUUACUCUCUUAUUGGACGAUAAUGAGGAAGUCUUUUUACAGCAGGCAACUGACCACUUGGAUGGAGCUGAAAUAUUGAAAAACGAAACAGCGACUUUUAUUAACGAUAACGAUGUAACAUUUGAACAAUUAAAUAUAUUAAAAGGAAAAAUAAAUGAAUUAGAAGAUGCGGUUAACGAGACACAUACUCAUCUUGUUUAUUGUGAUAUCAAACCAGUGUUGAUCGAUUACGAGUCAAUUCUUAUUCAUUCCACAGGAAAUAAUUAUAUGAAUGGCGGUACACUUCUAUGUGCAGAUUAUCAAAUGCGAUUGAAUGAUUUUUACGGUCGUUCAAGACAAAAAUGGAACUUAAUUUACAAAGCAUCAAAGAAUGGUUUCCGAGCACAAGACUUUCACCUUUGUUCGGAUAACAAAGGUCCUACAAUAACUAUUAUACAGAGUGAAAAUAAUAAUUGUCUUUUUGGAGGCUACACCGCAAAACCGUGGACUAGUGAUAACAAAUAUAGAUCAGAUCCAAGAGCAUUCUUAUUUACUUUGAAGAAUCCAUACGGUAUUCAUCCUACUAAAUUUCUUUGCAAACGAACUGGAAUCAACGCCAUUGGUCAUGCUGCAGCUACCGGCCCUUAUUUUGGCGGAGUCGUGGAAAACGAGACGCAUUUUAUUGAUAUUCAGGUAUCCGAUGCAUCAAACCACAAUGAUCUCUCUACAUCUUCAUUUCCAGCCAGUUAUAUUGAUACUACUGGAAAAGGUAACAAGCUUUUCGCAGGCGACAGCAAUUUCAUGGUGAAAGAUAUAGAAGUUUACGGAUGCGUUGUAAUAAUCUUUGCCGAUAUAAAGACGAUGAUGCUCUGCAGAAAAAUCAUCAGAAAUUCGCGGAUGGAGUAUCAACAAGUUGCACUGAUCGUUCUCCUUACGAUAAUAUCAAUCAACGCAUCACACUAUCGGGGUGGUUCAUUAUCAUGGAGUAUUCAUGACGAUUCAACGAAUGGAUCAUCGUCCACAGUCGUCGUUCGCAUUACACAACGACAUUCUUACCGCAAGACUUACUCGGUAAAUACUUACUGCGAUCAGACAACUAUUGCUAACAACAAUGUGAUUGGUGAUGGCAAUGUGAUAUGUCUCGGCAAUUGCUCCGGUUAUUCAAUCAAUGGAACUUAUUACAUAAUACCAACAUUUGAUACAAACGUACCAUGUACUGAUUACAGUGAUGAAUUUGACUACAGUAGCGGAGAGGGUUCGGUUGAUGUGAUUGUACCCAAAGAUACUCGAUUUACUUAUGCGGUUCAAAGCUGUUGCUGGAUAUCUCUGUUACAUGGUGGUAGCGAUUGGUCAUUAGCUUUGGUUGUCGAUACUCAUCAGCGUCGGAAUGGAAAAUACAAUAAUUCACCGAAAACUUCAUCGAGUCCAGUCGUUCAAGUACAAAUUGGACAAACACACGUCAUUCCUAUUCCGAUGGCAGACAGUGAUGGCGAUGCACUUCGAUGCCGUUGGGGCCAGAACCUGAUAGAAUGUGGUGGCAUUUGUGAUCCCAAAGGUAUUCUUCAACAGUUCCCCUGUCAGCUGUCAUAUGAAGCAACGACACUUGGCUAUGAAGGUGUAGCGUUGGUCAUCGAAGAUUAUGAUCCAAACCUGAUAGAAUGUGGUGGCAUUUGUGAUCCCAAAGGUAUUCUUCAACAGUUCCCCUGUCAGCUGUCAUAUGAAGCAACGACACUUGGCUAUGAAGGUGUAGCGUUGGUCAUCGAAGAUUAUGAUCCAGUGACUAAUGAGACCUAUUCAUCUAUUCCUCUUCAGUUUCUCAUUCGAAUCGUUAAUCAAAUUCCAGUCACCGUACCACCAGACUUCAACUACACAGGUGCUCCACUUUUACAACCAUGCACUGUUCCUCCAGUGUACAUUGGCGACCGACAUCACGGAGCUUGUAUCGGUGUAAAAUCCAAUUCCACAGUCAUCGAACGUAUUGUUGUUCGAGUUCCAUGUAACGAAUCUAGCACUACAAUCACAGAUAUUCUCACUGUUUCUCCGCCUGGUAUGAGCAAAAGUUCGAUUUCAUUAGAUCCAGAUGAUAACAAUACGUACAUCAUGUACAUUCAAUGGACUCCUCGACCAGAUCAGUAUGGUAUUCAUCAACUCUGCUUGACUCCGGUUGAUUCCGUCGGCCAAACCGGUCAACAAGUAUGUUAUACAUUUCAAGUCGAUGUCGAACCACCCAACUUCAUCAAUGGAUCAAUGACGCCUCAAGGUCUCGUUCCACGAAAUCAAGCCAUCUGGUCGAUCUCGACUGACCAAGACGUAAUACCCCCUUCACAACGAGCAGCAUACAUUCGGUACUUCAAGCAAAUGUCCAAUGGUGCAGAUGUAGAAGUUUUGCGUGUCAAUGCAGCCGUAGACGUUAUCUACCAAGCAAGACAGCUUGUAAUCAACACGGGAAGUACUAUAUGGGAAGAGGGUGCACAAUAUUAUAUUUUAUUCGAUAGUGGAAUAGCAUUAAUUAAUCAGUCCUGUGGUAUCGAAUCAGCACCUCUUGCAAACAAGUCUUUCUGGACCUUUCAGAUUGCGGCGCCGAACAAUACAACGCAAAAGCCUACCACUCGUAAGACUACCGUCACUACUACCCGCAGGACUACCAUCACCACCACUCACAAGACUACUACAACGACAGCAAUGACAACGCCACUUCCUUCUGUAACAACAACAACAACAGCAGGCGCAGUCAUUACCAGCGGCAUUCCUCCGAACGGAGUUUGCCCGAACUGGUUACCAUUUGGCACCGUAUUGAGCCUUACCAGUAGUGCACUUCAACCAAAUUAUACAUUUUGUUUUACGGUCAACACAACAUUUGCUGAUGUAACAAUCGCAGCAAACACUUGGGCUCCUUGUUCAACUUGGAAAAUCUCCGGCACUGCUGAUCCUCUUUUGGAUUUAUUCACUCCGGAAACAAGUACUGGCCCACCAGUAGCUCAGAAUGAUGACGGAAACAGUAUUUCUCAUUUAAAUUGUUAUGGAGCUGUGCUCAGCUAUCGUCUUAAGAAAGGUAAUCAUCGAGUGAUCGUUCGACAUCAAAAAUGCGCAUAUGGUAAUUUUGAAUUACGUUUAUCAAGUGAAACUACCAAUUCGCUUAAAUAA